AUGCCGCGGCCCGCGGUCCGGCUGCUGUGGCUGGGCCGCCUGCACUAUGGCGAGCUGCUGGCGCUCCAGGAGCGCUGGCUGCGGCGGCUGCAGGCCGAGCCAGGCCCCCAGGCUCCGUCGGGAACGGAGGCGGGCGCGCUCCUGCUCUGCGAGCCCGCGGGGCCCGUGUACACGGCCGGCCUACGCGGCGGCCUGACGCCCGAGGAAGCUGCGCGGCUGCGGGCCCUGGGCGCCGAGGUGCGCGCCACAGGCCGCGGCGGCCUCGCCACCUUCCAUGGCCCGGGCCAGCUGCUGUGCCACCCGCUGCUGGACCUGCGGCGCCUCGGCCUGCGCCUGCGCAUCCAUGUGGCGGCGCUGGAGGCGUGCGCCGUGCGCCUGUGCGAGCUGCAGGGCCUGCGGGGCGCCCGCGCGCGGCCCCCGCCCUACACUGGCGUCUGGCUUGGGGAGCGCAAGAUCUGCGCCAUCGGAGUCCGCUGUGGAAGGCACAUCACAUCCCACGGUCUGGCUCUGAACUGCGCUACCGACCUCACGUGGUUUGAGCACAUUGUGCCGUGUGGACUGGUUGGCACAGGUGUCACUUCGCUGAGUCAGGAGCUCCAGCGGCACGUCUCUGUGGAGGAAGUGAUGCCACCUUUCCUGGAGGCCUUUCAGGAGACCUAUAAGUGCACACUGAUCUCAGAGGACAGCUCCAGCUGACAGACAUCCACGUACCACACCGAGGAGCGCCUCACCUUAGAAAGCACCACAGCUGGCUGAGUCCCUGGCACCCAGCUUUGAGAGCCGGCCUGGUACUGAUCAUGCGACUAAGCACAGAUAGGCGCUUGGAGCAAUGGUUGCGUGUGUAUCCUGGUUUAGCUGUAGCUUCCCUACCUACCUCAGAGGUAACAGACAUGGAAAUGCUAUGAGAAGCAUCGGGUGCUGUAUAAAAUAGCGCUGCUGACACCAGUUCUUCUGUUCAGAGAAACUUAGACAUCACCGAUGGUCAUUCAUGAAGUAUUUGUUACUUUCUCAAUACGGUCUCUAAGUGGGCAGUCCCGGCCGUGAUACAGUGGGAAUCGGAUCUGUGGGUGCUCUAGGUGAAGGUGAUACAAUGUUGUGCUUCUUCAUUCUCAAGAGACCAGGGUGCCCUGUGCAUGCAGUAAAGGGAAUAUCCAUUUCAAAGAAUAAAAUGAGAUGUUGACCUGGCUUGGAUUCCCCAAGGUUGAUGAUUUAACUGUUUUUAGUCGGGGUACGCUUGAGCUAGGCCAGAGGCUGGGAGAGGGCCAAGAAUAAUUCCUCACACUGUACAGAUGCCAAAGACAGAAGUGAGUGUUGUAUGAGAUCACUGCGUUUAUGAGACUGUGUAUUAGUGAGCGAUUGCUGUGUGACAAAUCACCAAAGCCUGGAGACUUCACGAUAAACAUCUAUUGCCUCAUUUUUGUACGGGUGGGUCUGGAAUUUGGGAGCACCUUAGCUGAGUGUUUCUGGGUCAGGUCUCCCGGUAAACUUGGGAGUCAGGAUGUCAGCUGGGGCCGCUGUCACCUGCAGGACUGACACGGGAAGAGGAUCAGCUUCUGCCAUAGUUCACUCACUUCCUGGUCUGUCCUACGUGUUGACCUCAGUUGCUCCACGCGUGGACCUCUCCAUGGGGCUGCUUGAAGUUGUCAGGACAGGAGAACUGGUUUCCCCAGGGCGAGUCACAGGUCAGCUAUGGCAUCACACAGUCAUUUCUGCAGUCUCCCGGGAGAGGAGCCCUAUGCGGGGUGGAAGGGGCAAGAGCCGGGGGUCCUGGGUGGUUGUGUUGGAGACUGGCCUCCGCAGCCUGUUAGGUGUGCGAAGAGGCUUGAACAAGAUGUCAGAGGAACCGGUUCCAGUGCUGGCUCUGCGGAACCAUCAUCCUCACCCUGGGCUUCCGCCUACCCUUUGCUGUUCAAUAGUAGUAGAAUGCCAACCACAUCAUAAUUUGAUAUUGGCUAGGAGCCAAGCUAAGGAGGUAAGGAGAAAUCGUUAGUGUUAGUUUUAAUAUAUUUUAAUUAGCCCAAUAUAUUAAAAAGCAUCAAUAUAAAUGUAUUAUUGAAAUAUUUCGCAUUUUUAUACUAAGUCUCCAAAAUAUGGUAUAUAUUUCCUGCUUAUAGCAUUACUCAUUUUGUUCUCGCCAUAGUUUAUUUCACUUUUUUUAAGGCAGAGUGCAGAGAGAAAUAGAUGCUCCAUCCUCUGGUUCACUCCCCAGAUGCUUGCAACAGCCAAGACUGAGGCAGGCCAAAGCCAGGAGCCCAGAACUCCACCUGAGUCUCACACAUGGGCAGUAGGGACUCCGGUAGUUGAGCCAUCACCUGCUGCCUCCCAGGGUGUGCUUUAGCAGGAAGUAGAGUGGGGUCUCGGACCCCAGUACUUGUAUAGGCAAUGUGGGUAUCUUUACCACUGCACCAAAUGUCUGCCUUCGUUCCCUCCCUCCCU